CAAAUAUUUAUUACUUGUGGGUUUUCCGACAAAAGUCGCGAGUUUCGAUAGUGACAGGUUAUUUCGCUGUCGUGACAAGUGCGAAAAUAAUUGAUUUUUUGUUAUAAAAGAAAAAAAGCGUGACGUAUUCACACUGUUUUAAGAUAACUGAAACUAAAAGAAAUAAAAAAAAUCAAAGUUGCAUUUUGUGGUUAGGGUAAUUCCAUCCGUGUAGAAAUGUGAUUGAGAAAAGGAUUCACGCCCCCUGACCCACCCUCCCCCACCCCCCAAAAUAAAAAAGGCUCUUGGCGCAGCUUGAGAAUGAAAAAUUGAAUAUAAAAAAAAUUUGAUUUUCGAAAAUCAGUGAAAAUUCCUAUUCGAGAAAAAAGAAGAAGUUUGUGUAUAUUUUAGAAAUAGAAAACCUUCGUUCUAAAAAUGAAAGCGGAAAUGAAAGACGCCUUUUAAAGAAAGUUAGCAGCCGGCGUUCGGAGGGAAAGUGGAACGAGUGAGAGACUGAGAGAGACAGAGGGAGACUUCCAGGAGACGUCUCUUACAAAGAAAGUCAGACGUUGCUACUACUACUACUACUAAUAAUAAUAAUACUUUUAUUACCACUACAUUCUUCUGCUGCUAUUAUUAUUAAUUGCCAGAACAUUACCAGACAUGCUGUGGGCCGUCAGUGUCUUCUUAAUACUUCUCUUGCUACCUCUGAAGGAAUGCACAGGCGCCUCUUUCAGAGGCCUACUGUCGUCAUUAGCCGAGACCAUGGAGCAGAGCCGAGAGUCCGCACAACACGCCUCUGCCCUGAAGAACUUCCGGAGUUUCUCUUGCACGCAGAGGAAAGACGGACUUUACCCUGACCUCUCUUCAGAGUGCUCCUCUUAUUACAGGUGUUUGGACGGUGCCGUGUACUCUUACCUGUGCCCCAGCGGGCAAAUACUGACCUACGGGAGCGACGAAUGCCGUCCCAAGACAGAGGCGUCGUGCCCCGAGGUGCCCCCUGCGACGGGCCCUUGUGUCAACCAGCCGGACGGUUUCUACCCCAACUAUUCGGAAAAGUGCCGCUCUUAUUACGGAUGCCAGAACAAGAGCGUCGUAGGCGGGUGGUGGUGUGAGCGAGGAGCCGUGUGGGACCUGAGCACGGGGUCAUGCAAGUCAGGGGGUGACCUCGUUUGUUCGCCGCCCUCCUGCUGGGGCCUGCCCGACGGGCCCCACCCGUCCCCGGCGUCUUCGUGCAAUGCCAUAUUUCGUCUGCAAGAAUGGCGUCCGCACCGACCACAUCUGUCCCUACCAGACCAUCUUCGAUUAUUAUCACAAGCGAUGCAUGCCCACCCAAUCAGCAGUCUGUUAUGAUCAAGGCUGCGAAGGAAAAAUCAAUGGUCUGCACUCCGUGCCGAAGGCCCCUUGCCAUGUCUACUUGCGCUGCUUCAACGGGGCUUUGGUAGGCCUAGAAU